UGGCAAGAAAAAACACCAGCAGAGACAAUAGAUUCAAGUGAAUCAUCAUUGCAACAGCAGCCUCCAAAAGAUACUCACAUUCAAGCAACUUAAUCCAUCGAGCCAGUAACAAGUACAGAAGCAGAACCUAUGUCUCAUCACUCUAGUGAAGUUGAUGACAGGAUACAAGCACCACCUCAUAUUCAAAAGAGACACCCUGAAAGUCAAGUCAUCGGGAAUAUUAAAGAUGGUCUCCGUACCCGAGGUAAGUAUACUCCUGGCCAGUAUGCUUAUGUAUCUAAACUAGAACCUAAGUCUUAUAAAGAGGCACUACAUGAUGAAGAAUGGGCUUACACUAUGUUAGAGGAACUAUCUCAGUUUGAAUAUCUUAAGGUCUGGGAGUUAGUUCCUAGACCUCUAGGGAAAACCAUCAUUGGAACAAAGUGGGUUUUUCGUAACAAAUCUGAUGAGGAAGGUAAUAUUAUCCGCAACAAGGCACGCCUUGUUGCACAAGGCUAUUGCCAAGAAGAAGGGAUAGAUCACGAUGAAACUUUUGCCCCUGUAGCACGUAUAGAAUCGAUUGGAUUGUUAUGUGCCUUUGCGUGUCAUAAGAAUUUUCCUUUGUACCAAAUGGAUGUUAAGAGUGCCUUCUUGAAUGGAGACAUUCAAGAAGAAGUCUAUGUGUCUCAUCCUCCCGGCUUUACUGACUUUCAACAUCCAGAUCAUGUGUACAAGCUAAACAAAGCUUUGUAUGGUCUUAAACAAGCUCCUAGAGCUUGGUUUGAUCGAUUGACCAAAUUCCUUAAAGAUCAAUUGUUUUCUCAAGGUUCAGUCGAUAAAACUCUAUUCACUAAAACCUCUGGUUCUCAUAUGCUCAUUGUUCAAAUUUAUGUAGGUGAUAUAGUUUUCGGGUCUAGUGAUCCUGCUGUGUUUUGAGUUCUGUGAAGCAAUGAAAUCUGCCUUUGAAAUGAGUAUGAUGGGUGAGCUUCAAUUCUUUCUUGGGCUGUAGUUCAAACAAACUUCUCAUGGUAAUUUUAUUAGUCAAUCGAAAUAUAUAAAUACCAUGUUGCAUAAGUUUAAUCUUUAUAAUAUGAAUUCUAGCCCAACCCCCAUGGCUGUGUACUUAAAAUGAGAUAAAGAUGAAAAAGGUGC